CCUCGAUGCUCGCUCCGUUUGUGUCGCGAUCCCAAACGGUGAUGGCCUAGGGCUUCAUUGUCGUCAUCAAGUAAUCAUUCAGUGCUAAUCUGUACCACCGUGCCUGUGCGAGGUGGUCAGGGCGAGUCGAGAGCUACGAGGGGACUUGCACGGUUCGAUGAUGUCGAUGAUGCGGUGCUGAUAGGUCUAUGUAAGGUAUGCCAGGGAGCGACGUCAGUGGAGCCGCACAGGUACAUAGCAAACGUCUCGUGCGCGUACGUGCAAGCAAUCAUGUCUGUUUUCUGCUCAUCACGGCUGGCACAAGGCGCAAUCAGAGCAACUCGGCAGUCUUCCUCACCGUUUGUGACCCGCGCGCCUGCAAUUCGACUACGCAAAGUACAGUUCCUCACACACCACCGCGCACUCUCUAGCACAUCUACACCGCAGUCCAAGAUGCCGAGCACGCGCCAGCAAGACGCGCCGGGCAACACGCCGGUGCAGAAGAGCCACCGCGCCACCGCGCAGAACUGCACCGAGCACUGGGAAGACGAAGAGCACCUGGAGCAGAACAAGAAGCACUUCCAGGAGUUCCGCGCGCAGCGCAGCAAGUCCUCCUCGGCUGGUAGCGCAUCAGGCUCCGGCGGCUCCGACUCGGAUCUCCAUGGUGAUGUGCCGGGGGGCAUGAAGCGCGGACGCGGCGCGAAUCAGGCUGGGGGCCAGAGCAAGAAGGCGAAGAGCGCGGAGACGGAUCCGUCGGGUCUGCCCCGGGGUGAUAAGACGAGGGUGCCCAAAGUGGGGCAGCAUGUGCACUGGAAGUAUGGAAAGGGGUACGCAAAGGGCGAGGUAGUUGAGGUGUUGUACGAGAAGAAGGAGAUUGAGGGCAAAAAGGCGGAGGCGAGCAAGGAGGACCCAAGGCUGGUAUUGAAGGCGAAUUCGUCGGGGAAGCUGGCGGUGCACAAGCCGGAAGACUGCUACUUUGAUUGAGUCACGGUUUCAUGGUGGUGGUUCGGGGUGACGGUGCUGAUGGGCACGUGAGCAGCGCACGAAAACGGACAGUCUUGCAUAGCAACGAGCCCCACGACGAGCAAUGAGCUGUCUGGUUCGCUUUCUGCUGCCGGCUGUGAGCGUCAACAGUUUCAGAACACAGCGGCGUGCCUGGAUGGGUGCAGUGUAUCAGAACAGCACAACGGUUACCUGUAUGGGAUGUGCCUGGGGAUGCAGUGUAUUCUAUCAAGCAUUGGUCUGAGCCCAGACGUUAGCUCAU